AUACUCACGUUACUUAUACACUAAACCGACCCUCUUCCUUCUCUGUCUCGUAACCGACCUUUUCCUCCGAUUAUCUGUUGAAGAGAGAAUGAUCAUAUUAGGAGUACCAUAUGGUGUUGAAAUUCUGCGUUGAUUAGUUACGCGUUUGUUGAUGGAUAUGUGGUUUCUUACCUCAAUGAUAGAUUAAAAUUUGAAGGAUGUCACUUGCUUAGAAUCGUUGAUGUAUGUGACGGAACAUUGACCAAAGGAUUGGUAGAAUUUGAGAGUAUGGAGUCUUCUAGCUUGACAUUGGCAAAAGCAUCAAAUGGUCUGUUUGAGAACCACAAAGAAGAUUUUCCUGCUGAUGUACCGGAAAGUAUUGGGGCUGAUGGUGAGCACAAGGUGACUAAUGAUGGUGAACACAAGGCGACUAAUGAUGGUGAAUAUAAUGAGUCACAUAGAGAGGAUGAAUCAGAAAAUUUCUCUGAUAUCGAUGAUCAGGAAGUUGAUGGGUACCUUCACAAUGAGGAGGAGAAGAAUUUCAAGAAGAUAAUAUGGGAAAAAUUGAAUCGAGAGUAUCUAGAGGAACAAGCAGUCAAGGAAACUGUGGCUGCUAAGAGAUCUUUUGAGGCAAAAUCCAGAACGGAAAUGAAACCAAAACGUUCUCGCCAGGUGAUAAAAUCAGGGCCUGCUCAAUCUGCUGCAGAGGAAACUCACCAAAUGUUGGGAACAAAGAGGCUCAGCUCCAAAAUCAAUUAUGAUCGCCUGUUUCAAUUAUUUAGUGAACCGGCAGAAGCGGAUAAUCUCAAGAAAACGAAGACAGCACAAUGUGAUCUACCCUCCGAUAAUCGUACCCCUUUUCAGUGCAAUUUUGAGGACAAAAAUGAUGACGAGAUGGGAUCAGGGGAUGAAUUUGAAGAUGAAGGUGAUAUUGGGGAGAUGUAUGAAAAUGCAUGGCGUCCUGAAAAUAUGGAUGGAAGCUAUUUCCCUGAGGAUGAUGGUUACAACUAUAAUGAUGAUGAUUACUGAAAAGUUUCUAUUUGCCUUUAUGCUGUAAUUAUCUUCGAUUAUUUUGCAAUCCUUAUUCAACAUGACUGGCAGCUGGGGAACCAUAGAGGUAUAGGCCAACAUUUCAACAAUUAUAAAUUGAGUAUUUAUGCUGGGUCGUAUGCCUAGAACUUUCUGCUACCAUACUUCCUAAUCUAUUAUUGCUUUAUGCCUCUCUCUUUUAAUCAGUGGAAUUACAGAGG